AUGGCAGAGACAGGGAAUGGAUCAGUUUUGAAUGAAAAUCCCACAGCCCGCGACCAAAAUCAUCCGGAGACCCCAGUCAGUUCUGUGGAAACCUCAUUAAGACUGAUUGAUGACCUGAAGUUCUUUUUGGCCACCGCUCCAGUAAACUGGCACGAAAACCAAGUCAUCAGGAGAUACUUUCUGAACAAGGAAGAAGGGUUCGUCUCCUGUGUGUACUGGAACAAUCUGUAUUUCAUCACGGGAACAGACAUUGUGCGCUGUAUUGCGUACAAGAUCCACCACUUUGGACGAACCAUCAUUGAUAGAAAGAAAUUUGAAGAAGGGAUCUUCAGUGAUCUCCGAGCCCUUAAAUGCGGUACCGACGCUGUGUUGGAGAAUCCACGGUCGCCUUUCCUCAAGUUUCUACACAAAAAUCAAUGUCUAAGGACACAAAAGAAGCAGAAAGUGUUCUUUUGGUUUAGCGUGCCCCAUGACAAGUUGUUUGCCGAAGCACUGGAAAGAGAUUUGAAAAAAGAAUAUGCUAAUCAGCCGGCCACCACCCGGGCUAUGAGCGAGCCUUCCUUAUCGCUAAAAUUUGACCAUUCGAUGCCACUGGCGGAUCAGAUCUUAAAACAUCUGGAGAAAGACAGUGGCAUGAGAAGAGGCGAUAUCUACGAUGGUGACACAGAAGCAAAUAUUGAGCAGGUUGUGAGACCCCCAGCCAGCGACCAGAAGACCAUGCCAAGUCAUCCGUCGAUCAAGGAGGAGAUCAACAGCAUCACCACUGACGACGACGACUUCCCAUUGGACUUCUUGCCAGCUGAAUCAGCAGGGUUCUCGGACCAUCUCACGAGCUCAUCGCAAGAUGCCGGCUACAUUAGCUACGGUCACCAUCCGUCAUUAUAUAUGGACCCUACUAUGUUCACAGGCUCUCCUGGGAGAGCUUUAUUUAUGGACGAUUAUUUGCUGGAUCAGGCUACACCGGUUGUUCCUGUGAUGUACAGCACACAACAGCAUCGACUUCAAUCUGGAGGCCCACCAUCAGCCACGAAUCCUUUGAAUUUACGCAUGACACCAAGAGUUGCCAAUUCGCUGCGCACUGCGACACCUAAAAGUGCAACGUUUGCGCACGCAGGCCACACCACUGCUUACACGCACGCUUACGCUCAACAACAAACGCUACAGCUGGUUCCAUCGCCAACUACCCUUGCCAACGGUAACAACCCUGCUGGUGAGUCUAGAUCUCAGUCACGUUCCGGGAACAGUGACAAAGAAGAUCCGAAUUCCUCACCCCAGGUUUUGCUGAGCUAUCCUUCUUACCCUACUAAUGGGGGUCCCAUGUUGGACAUGGAGUUUGAUCCUUUCCAACACCAGCAAGUGGUCCCUCUACCGUCUGGAGGCCAUUUUCCUUAUGGAAUCUAUGGUCCAUCACCCUACUACUCGGACUUCCCAUUGCUUCCAUACAGCCAGCCGCUUUCAGCAGCCUUUUAUCAGUCACCUGUUUAUCAGUAUUUCGGGUCUGCUAAAGGUUAUGCUUCGAUGGAGGCAUCAUCUUCACACCAGCCUCCUAGAAGUGCGAAAACGAAAGAUAAAAUGGCCUCAACCGCGGCGUAUUCGGGAUUACAUCCCUCCAAAGCGAGCCGUCAACCAAAGAGUAUUCUUGUGAGAGAUAGGAACGCAUUUACGAGGGGAGGACGUAUCACGAAGAACGUCAAGGUCAGGGGCAAGCAGAAACUGAUGAAUCCGUCUUUGCAACAUCUAGAUCUUGACAGUCUGUAUGACGAGAACGGGGAGGCCUAUAGUGACGUGAGCGAGGAAUUGGACACUAGAAACCUUGUCAAGCAGGAAGAAGAGGACGAGCAGGUUAGUGAGGAAAAUUGGAAGUCUCGCAUCGAUCAUGAUGCAACAUCGAUGACUCCCAAGAGUCUAGUAGAAAACGGAAUCAAUGUGUCCACCUCCGAGACCGGCUCAAGAAGUUCGCCGGAAACGAGGGGAUCGAUUGGUUUCGGGCCUACCGGCAGCCAGAACUCGGACGAGAACGACGAAUGA